UGACGUCCAAAUGUAGUAUUACGCUUCUGUGGCAAUAGUUAGCGUCUUCUCUAAAAUAACGUUUUACUUUUAAAAACAUUAAUAUAUAAACACUACUACACCAGGACUUUUGUUGUUAAUGACUAUUUGACCCGGAAGGGAAAGUUGUGACUGAAGUCUUUUCACAGAUUGUUUCUGUUUGAAUUUAACCAAUCAGAAGAGUGUGUGGGCGGGGUUUUUUCUAAGCAGAGGGAUAUUCAAAAAUUCAGUGACAAUAGUCUGCAGUAUCGCUGAAAGAACAGUAUUUCACUUUUAAAACAUAUUUUAUAUUCGAGUUCUACGGCUCAGGUGAAAUUUAUAAAGUUUUAACUCAGCACUCGCUCGCGUUCUUGACGUUUAAUAACUUCAGAAAGCUAACGAAGCUAAACUGUCGUUUUCACAGACGAAAACACUUCGCACGCGACGCGUCUCGAGCGUUUAAGCAGCUAGUGUUUGUAUACAUGACGUUACGAGUUCAGCGGUCAGCCUUGGUUAGUUCUCUUUGUUAGUAGGAGAGAUGUAGCCAAAUAAUGGUAGUUUACUUUUCAUUCUAGAGAAACGCGAAAGUUGUUGUGAAGUAACGUUAACUCAAUUUACUCGUAGACUUGGCGUCUGGUUUUAUACUGCACUACAAACAACAGUAUUACUAGCUAACGGUAAUAAUCUCACAAUGAAGCCGAAGACGAAGAGACGUGCUGUUGAACAAGAUGACUCCGGCAGCGAAAUCUGUGAGCUUUGCAAGCGUUGUGAUGAUUGCCCUGACAAAUACGGAGAGAAGAUCACACUUGAGGAACCCAAGCUCACUGUGCACUAUUUUUGUUUGCUGAUGUCCAGUGGAAUAUUCCAGAGAGGAAAGGAACAUGAAGGCAUUCAUGGGUUUCUGGUGGAUGACAUCAAAAAGGAGGCCUGUAGAUCUUCAAGGCUGCGGUGUACGGUCUGUAAAAAGAUGGGUGCUUCAGUUGGAUGUGCCAUCAAAAGCUGUAGACAGAUGGUCCACCUGCCUUGUGGAAUAAAACAGGAGUUUAUUUUCCAGUUCACUGACUUGUUUCCAUCUUUUUGUAGAAAGCAUUGCCCCACUCAGAUCUGCUCUUCCAGCCCCACUCUGCCUUUGUCCUGCUCCAUCUGCUUGGAGCCCAUCGAGCCUGUUCUCUCCUACACUGUGCUCAAGUGCCCUGCAUGUCAUGGAAGCUGGUUUCAUAGGGCUUGUGUUCAGAAUCAGGCACACAGUGCUGCCCUGUAUUUCUUCAGAUGUACACUAUGUAAUAACUCGGACCAGUUCCAGCAAGAAAUGCUCAGAAUGGGAAUACACAUACCUGAAAGAGAUGCAUCGUGGGAGUUAGAAGAGAAUGCUUAUGGAGAGCUGUUACAGGUGUACCAACACUGUGAUGCCAUUAAAUGUUCCUGCGAAAAAGGCCGUAGUUACAGUGCACAGUCAGGGUUUUUUGAGAUCGUUCGUUGUACGUUUUGUGGCUCCCGUGGAACCCACCGAAAAUGUUCUUUUCUCAAGCUUUAUGAGACCAACUGGAGUUGUGAUGAUUGCAAAACUGCUGUUGAGGGAACAGUGUCCCCAUUGCCAAACCAUGUUAAAUCACCGCUGGCAGAGAGGCAAGAGAAGAAAAGACUGAUUAAAAGAUGCCUCUCCAGUAUUAGCUCAUCAUUCAUCCCUAAAAGGUUCCGUAUGGACGCAAGUCCCUCAGAGAUCUUAAUGGAUCUGGCCACUCAGAUAUCAACGCAGCAGACCACAGCUGUGCUGGUGAUAAAGGAUGAGGUGGUUGAAGCUGCCCUUCAGGCUGUGAGGCAGAGUGACUUCAGCCCCUGCCACACACUGUCUGUGAGUUUCAGCAGAGACGUACAGAGCCAAAAGGUGGGCACACAGCGCCGCUUCCUCAGACUCCUCCUGCAGAAACUACGGAGUUCGAGUGUCUUUGAAGGACCUGACCAGGCUAAAAACCUGGCUCUCAGCUCACAAGCUCUGAGAGAUGAUCUGUAUUUCGAGAUUGGCAGUCUGCUGGCUCUCUCUCUGGUUCAUGGAGGCCCUCCUGUGGCCUUUUUCUCACGUGCACUGUACUACAGCCUAUUUCAUUACCCCACUGAUUACAAGUUCACUGCUGAAGACCUGGGAGAUGUCACACUAACGCACGCAGUCAAAAAAAUAGCAAAGUCAAGCACUUUGCCGGUGUUGAGGAGAGUGGUGCGGUCCAUGAUGGACUAUUUGCAAGUAGCAGGCUGCUGGCGAGAGAUCACUAAACUAUCUGACAAAAACCUGCUGCUGGAGGACAUUCUAAACUUUUACUUCGUCAUAAGAAUGCAGGUGCCUCUUCAAAGAUUUCGCGAGGGCCUUAGAACUUUAGGUGUGUUUGAUCGAGUCCAGGCAUGUCCAGAGGCCUUCUGCUCAAUUUUUUGUGGCCCAGAAGAAAGGAUGACUUCUGAUGCCAUGUUUUCACUUUUCACUGCUUGUUUUUCUGAGGAUGAAGAACAGAAAGCAAAAGAAUAUGCGACAAUGGCUUUCUGGAAGCAAUACAUACAUGAGUGUGAAGAUGGAAGAUGUGCUGCAUCACUAGAGGACAUUCUUAUAUUUGCCACUGGUAUCGAUGUGGUCCCUGCCAUGAGCUUUGACCCUCCUCCUUCAUUAUCGUUCUUUGUGCCCCUGGAACCAUCCUUUGCCUUUCCACAAAGUCACACUGAAACAAACCACCUCAUUCUACCUCUGCUUUCCUCUUAUGAGCUCUUCAAGAAGCAUUUGGAAUACGCUGUGUGUCAGAUCUCUGUGAUGCAGGGCAUGUGAACUCCCCUUUGAACAUUUAUGGCUGAGUUGAAAUGUACAGCUUUCCCUACACGUCUCCAAUGGUGCUUAUAAUCUAAAUAUGUGUAAAAGGAAAUGGUUAACCAGGACAUGCACUACAUGGCCAAAAGUUUGUGGACACUCGACCAUAACACUCAUACGUUUUCAACAUUCCAUUCAAAAUGUGGUCUCCCCUUUGCUGUUAUAAUAACCACCACUCUUCUGGGAAGGCUUUCCACUAGAUUUUGGAACGUGGCUGUGGAGAUGUGCUCAUUCAUCCACAAGAGUAUUAGUGAGGUCAGGCACUGAAUAUUAGAUGAGGAGGGCUGAGGUGCAGUCAGGUUCCAGUUCAUCCCAAAGGUGUUCAGUGGGGUUGAGUUUAGUACUCUGUGCAGGCUGCUCGAGUUCAUCCACACCAAUCUUGGCAAACCAUGUCCUCAUGACCUCACUUGAUGCACAGGGGCAUUGUCAUGCUGGAACAUGUUUGGUCCUCUUAGUUCCAGUGAAGGGAAAUCAUAAUGCUACCUGUACAGGUGUGCUUCCAACUUUAUGGCAACAGUUUGGGGAAGGCUCACCUAUGGGUGUGUUGUUCAGGUGUCCAAAAACUUUUGGUCAUAGUGUUUAUAUUUUCUUAGAUUAUGAAUAGUACAGUUGCUCCAUCUGUAUAUACAUCCCAUUGGAAAGUGCUGUUGAUGUUUUAAUCUAUUCCCCCAGUCAAAUAAUGGGAAUAUCCCUAGUGUCAUUAUUUACACAAACAGGAUUAUUUCUUAUUCAUUGCUAAUGAUUAGAGGUGAGCUUGUAAUCAUAAGAGUCUCGGGCAUUGUAAAAGAAAUAAGUGGAGAACUUUUCUCAUUAUCUGAUCAGUUUUUUUUUUAUCCGUACUUACAUUCUACUGAAUGGUAACCCAUUUCUUUAGGCCUUUUUCUCUUAAGCAACACCUGAAUUCAGCUUCUGUCAGCAUUUAAUAAUUGGUAUGGAAUAUGGGGGUAUAGUACAGGCAUUAAAGCUUUUGAGACUGACAUGGUGAUCAGUUAAAGCAGAACUGUGAAGGCUUAAAGGAUUUAAAAAGUAAUCUGAUUUAACAUUUUUUCCUUAAUAGAAAUGUAUUUAAUCCUUUCCCAACAGCAAUUUUUUUGUUACACACCAGACUGAAUUCAUGUAGAGGAUCUAAGGUGAAUGUUAGCUACAUCAUUGUUGUAAACACGUGCAUGACAACAUGCUUGAUCACAUUUCCAUUGUUGUGUAUGUGCUGUGAAUAGUGAGAAGGUAUGGGAUAGUGUGCUUCUGCCUGGUGUGAAAGAGCUUGAUGCUUAAAGACGUGUUCUUACUCAGUUCUUUUGUUUUCUAUAAAUAGGUGGUCAAGUAGGUCAAGUGCAAGAAUGAAAUGUGUUCUCUGAAAUGACAAUGUGUAGUUCUUAAACACUGCAUUGUUGCGAGAUGCAUUCAUUGUGUUGGCUUAUUUUAUUUUUGUCUUCUUUUUUUUCUAAGUUCUUAAGGCUUUCCAGUAUAUUCUAUAGAAAUGGCAUGUGUUGAGGUAGCCUUCACUUUCUUUCGUGUCUUUUCCUAAAGUGCUAACUUGUCUUUGCUCUUACAUACUAUAUGAUACAAUACUUGAGUGGUUCUAGUUCUAAGGUCUAAGGCGAGUCAGCCUUCUGUUUCACCUGUAGCAAACCAAGGCAAAUAAAAGACUCGGUUUCAGUAACCACUUUAUCUUGGUCAGGGUUGCUGUGAAUCUGGGGUUUGUCCUGGGAAAGCUGGCUGUGAGGUAGAGAAUAUCCCUGGAUAUUUUGGAGGGGGUAAUGUACACACAGUUUCAUUUACUCCUUCAUUUCAAUCACCUUCACAUGUUCUGUGGAGGUAGGAGGAAAAUUAAAAACCUUGAGGAAACCCACACAGGUGCGGGAAGAACAUGAAAAAACCCACACAGUGACACAAACUCAAGAUCGGCCCAGGACCCUGGAACUGCCACAUGCUGCAAAAAAAAAUUGUAUACUAUUUAUACAUCAGUUUUAACGGAGCCAACUGAUUCACGGGUAGCAUAAACAAAACAUUCACAAAUGUGCUGGAAAUGUUUGUAGAUGUUUAGGUGUACUUUUUGAUACUCAGGUAUAUGGUGUUUUCUGUUUUUCUUUAGUCUUGUUUUGCCUGAAAUAAUUAACAUUUAUGAUAUUCUGGCUCUUCUGUUUGUCAUGAAAAUGUUAUGCAUGCCAUUUAUUUAUUAAAGACUUCCAGUUCUUCUGUUCUCAGUGUCUUACUAAAGGCAUGCUUUCCAUUAUCAGAAAGAUGUCCAAUGUACUUAUUAACAAAGCUAAUUAAUUGUUAAUUGAGGCAAUCAUUUUUUGUGUGUUUUUUUUUUUAAAUUAUUAUUAUAUGUGCCCUUCAUGGAAAGAGAACUUGUUGCAGAGAAGCAGCGUGUAUACUUUGGUGGACCUCAGGGUUAUGUCAACCUGGCUAACUGGAUCUAAGGUGAGAAAUCGGACAAAGAGCAUUCCUGAAGUGUGCCCUGUCUGGAUUACAAUUACUGGGAUCCACCCUGGAGUCAGGCCUGGGGGUGAAAUCCACAGGCGAACUCCUGUGACCAGGCCACACAUAUAACCCAGUUGGUGCUCAACUGGAAAUUGUGAUGUGAAGCCAUAUUUUGGGUUCACCACCUGCAAGAUGAAGGUUGGGGAUCAGGUACAAUGCUCGUUGGGUAGCAGGCAAGUGGUGGAUUUUUUUCCUGACUGGAUUGUUGGAUAAAUCAUAAUUCUGGGUGUUUACCAUUUUAUGCUUUAAAAUGGUCAGAUGUCUUUCACAAUGGAAUAUAAAAGCAUGAACAUUGAGCAACUAUUUGCAAUUGUUUACACACAUUUCUCAAUGCUGAAUACACCUUUUAAAAAAAACUCUUCACACAGUUCAUCAACAUG